AUGUCAAGUCUGCAGUAUCCGGUCUGCACACCAGGUUUCGCGCUGCGUCCAGCGCCGGCGGCGAGUGAGGGUGGCGCCGCCACAGCCACCCCGUCGCCAGCCGCGCCAGCCGCCGACGCGUACAAGCUCCACGAGGACUUUGAGGACGAAGGCAACGUCCUCGUUCUCUGCACCGACGGCGUGGGCUUCAAGGUGCAGUACUCGCACCUGUGGUCUGCGAGCGUCGUCUUCCGCUCUCUUGUAGCCGGAUUCCCCGACAUCGCAGCCAUCUCCCCGCUCACGCUGUGGGUGGACGACGCGUCCGACGACGUGUGGUUCCUCUUCCGGACGUUCCACCUCGGCACGCCGAGCGCGCUCGCUGUCGACUUUGAACCGUCGCUCUCGCAGUUCUGCGCCGCGCUCGAGCUGUUGACGAAAUACCAGUUCCGGCCCCCGUUCCGCGCGGCCUUGACUUCCAAGGUCGCGCUCAGCGAGGCGAUCGCCUCCCGGUGGGAGGAAGAGGAGGAGCUCUUCGAGAGCCUCGUGCUCGCACACCAGCUCCGCUCUGGCGCUAUCUGGGACCAUAUCCUCGGGCAGCUGCCCCGCUGGACUAGCUUGCUGGCUGGGGGCUACGUCGCGGCCGAGGUUGGCGGCGAGGUGCACGACGUGCUCGUCGACAUUGCGGCGUGGAGCGAGGCGGUGUAUCCGUUUGAAGACCUCGAGCAUAUCCAUGUGCGGUACGAUGGCGAUGCCGCCGUCGUGUUCCGCGACUCGAAGCGCCCGCGCCGUGCAGAGAUCCUCUCGCCGCUCUUGGCCGACAAGGUCGGGCGACUGUCUAUCGACACGUCGCUGGACGCAGAGCACAGGUAUGCGUAG